AUGAGAUCUGUCCAUUUCUGCCUGCUGCAAGGCCUGUGCCUCACCUUCCUUCUCGCUCAAAGUGAAGGGCUGAAGUGUUAUAGCUGCAUGGGGGCUACAGAUGAAGACUGUAAUCGGCAGGGCUCCGAAACAUGUCCAAGCUAUUCAGAUGCAUGUACUAUCAUCCGGGGACAUGGCAGUGGCGUAAUGAAGUCGUGCUCCUACAAAUCCUUCUGCAGCCAAGCUAACAGCCAGGGCUACAGAGCUCCAGGGGUGAAAGUUCAUUGCUGCUAUUCUGAUGACUGUAACGUGGCAGGACAAGCCACUAGAAUCAGCACAGGCGUCAACUUCUUUCUAGGGUUUCUGUUAUUCAUCUGCCAUUUGUUGUCAAACUAA